GUCCGUCUUGGAUUUAGUGUCUUGCAGGAUCGCUUCCGAAGCUCAGUGAUUCCCUUUCCCUAGGCGUAUUCCUAACAGACGUCUGAACUUGGAGAAAACGUUACCUCGGGUUUUCUGACUCACCGGUUUCCGUAUUCCAAAGCUUUUCUCAUAAAAAAACAAAAGAGAUAAAGUCUCUUGUUAACCUUUGUCCAAAGGGAGAAAUAAAAUCACCAUGAAAUUCUCAGGAAUUACUUCCAUCGAAAGCUCGUGGUCCCUCGUACUACAGUUGUUAGUUGUCUUCCACGCCUGGUCUCUUGUGAAGUGUAUCAAGACCAAGGAAACUGCUCUGGUUACAGAUGUAGGCCGGGGAGUCAAUGAUGUCCCCAGAUGGUUGGCAGAGAACGACCUCGGAACCUCAGUGGCUAAAAAGAGGGCAAGACGUUUCGUCCCAUUCCCAAGUGGAAGCAAAGUUACAGUAACGUCUACCUUAACCGUGCCUUUGGAAGCAAUUAGCUCCUCGAGUGACAUGGAAAUGGUGAAUACCCUAGUGUUUUUGCUGCCUACUAGCAGCACUGUGAGUGGAAGAAACUACAAGAGCAGCAAAGGCGAACGCCAGCACAUCUACUCCCAAAUGGAAAACUUUCUGAACGACAUGGGUUACAAUGGACACGCAUGCACACUGCGCACUCUCUGCGAAAUAGCUGAAACGCCUUUCGAGCAGGGCCUCUACGGUGAUAUUAUCAACCUCAUUUUGUCGGCUUCUGUGAAACCAGAACCGAAUGCCGUUUACGACGAGUACAUGACAGCUGAAUAUUAUGGCCAAAACUACGGCAACUGUGCGGCCAUUUACACGUCCUGUCCCAACUCGGUUUUGGAUGUAAUGUCUAACGCCUUCUAGAUAAAACGAGAAGAAUCGGUAGCCUUUUACUCAGGAAAACUCUUCCGUAACGUCCAACUUAAUCCAUGGAGAAGGAAGACCCACCUCUUAGAAGAGAGAUUGUCAGUGUAUCAUAAUUAUUUAUUUACAACUUUGGAUCUUUUAAAUUAUUUAUUUAUUAUAUAUUCUUGUAGUUACAAUUGCUGUGUUCAUGAUAUGCAAUACAAGUGGUAAGUUAUA